AUUUGAUAAAGUUGAGCAAACAAAAACCACACCACCUGCUGCAGCCUGCAAUGGUCCAACCACACCACCUGAUCUCAGUCCCUAGCACCUUCUUCCUUCUUUGACUCUCUCUCUCUCUCUCUCUCUCUCUCUCUCUCUCUCUCCUCUGAUCUCUAAUGGCCUGUACACUUUGAGGGAAAUCUCCAACUUUUAAGCUUUUCCAUGCCUUAUCUCCCAAAUCCAUGACCUUUCACUCUACACAAUGGCAACUGUGGAGGGGCCCCAUGUUGACGCCGGCACUGCAAGUCGCUGCCGUUAUCAUCAUUCUGUCACAGGUAGCAGUGGCGUUUCAAUCUCCGGCGACUCCGACGACCAGUCGUGGCACUCGCCGGUGGAGAUUGAAGGUGUGCUGGACUCUCAGAGGGAUUCCUCUGGGUCAGACUGUUUGUUUAAAGACGACUUGGAGAGUGGGGUUCAGGAGUUGAAGAAGCAUUUGGGUAAAGCUGAAAGAGAUUGUAGGAUUUGCCAUUUGGGUUUGGAGGAUGGUAUAGAGGCCAGGGUGCUAGUUGAGUUGGGGUGUGCUUGUAAAGGUGAUUUGGGUGCUGCCCACAAGCGAUGUGCUGAGACGUGGUUCAAGAUCAAGGGAAACACGACCUGUGAGAUCUGUGGUGCCACUGCACUCAAUGUUGCCAGUAUGCAAAGAAAUGAGACAAAUAAUGCUACUGUUUCAGCCUCAGCAUUAGCAGCACCAGUGAUGCUAGUGGAGAACCGAAACAAUUGGCGUGGCCGCCGCAUAAUGAAUUUUCUAUUGGCCUGCAUGGUCCUUGGCUUUGUUAUUUCUUGGCUUUUUCACUUUAAAAUACUAACAUGAGUUCAGUUCUGAUCUCUGGAUAUAUAUAUACAUAUAUAUAUAUAUACACACUUCACCUCCACUUAUGCCCCCUUGCCCCAAGUAUUUAGAAUUGCUAUGGAACGUGUAUGUGAUGUAUAAUUACAAAAGUUUCUGUGUGCCAUUCAAUUACACGUCUUGUAAUUUUUGCAAAUGAAACAGCAAUCCUGUUGUAUUUAUUUGUCUCUUUUCCUAAUAUUGAGAAUGUAUACAUGAAAGACAACCAUUUAGCAGUC